ACGGAGGUUGAGGAUAUGAACGGUGAUGGCGUGUGCGAAGGUACUGGUACGAGUCUGGGCCCGACGGAAACCACUGGUGGCCUCAUCGGAUCGGACAUGUCUCCUGGUGUAAUGGAGUGCGGUGGAUGCGGUGAACGCGUCCGAGAACGAACUAUUUUGUGCGUUGGCGGGCGUACAUGGCACUCGAGGUGUCUUAGGUGUUGCGCUUGUGCCAGACCGUUGCACGAUCAACACUCUUGUUUUUUAAGGGGCAUGCGACUCUACUGCAGGCACGACUAUGCACUAACAUUCGGUGCUAAAUGCGCGAAAUGCGGACGAAGCGUAGGCGCAGGUGAUUGGGUUAGAAGAGCCCGAGAACGGGUUUAUCAUUUAGCCUGUUUCGCCUGCGACGCCUGUUCACGUCAAUUGUCGACAGGGGAGCAAUUCGCUCUCUUAGAUGCACGAUUACUCUGCAAAGCUCACUAUUUGGAUGUCAUCGAAGGCAACAAUACUUCAUCCGAUGAAGGCGGUGACUCCGAGAGCGGUCACAAGGGUGGUAACAAAGCAAAGAGGGUAAGGACAACGUUCACCGAGGAACAACUUUCUGUUCUCCAAGCUAACUUCCAAUUGGACAGCAAUCCUGAUGGUCAGGAUUUAGAAAGGAUAGCACACGUGACAGGAUUGAGCAAGAGGGUGACACAAGUAUGGUUUCAAAAUUCUAGAGCGAGACAAAAGAAGCAUCUUCAUACGGGAAAAAUGAAAGGCCAGCAUGUACACCAAUCCCCGCCAAAUUCAACAACAUCACCGGCCGACUUUGGUCGACACAUCAAUUUACACCUGACUUAUUCCUUUCAACAUCAGCAACAUCAGCAUAGUCAGCAACCGGUGCAACUCAGUCCAGCCGUCUGUAAAAGUCCCACGCCUUCGAUCUAUCAUAAUCACGGUUCGGAACAGUCAAUGGAUGAACUCUCACAGGACUCCAUGAUGUUGUCGAUGCCGAACGAAGUAUAAUUAGCGCCGUUGGAUCGAUUACGUAUUUGUA